CUACAUCCGAUACAUCCAUGCGUUUCUGAACGCGUUGUAGGCAUGGUUGCUCGCAAACAUGGUCUGCAUCGCCGAGAAGUUCGCGCACUUUUCUUAAUUAGCUGAUUUUUGCGGUCAUUCCUAGUCCUCGUUAUGCUGUGUCUGCAGUUGUUGUGCCUGUGUGAAUACAUUAUCGUUUCUUGAAGUUUCAGCCGUGUUUUUCGUCAAGCGCUCGAUAUGACACUGACCUCCAAGGUUCAUGUUCUGGUUACUGGCUGCAAAGCAAAAGGCUUCAGGAACAUCUCAAGCCUUGCGCACCGCUCUGUAAAUGGACAAAUACAGACAAGCGAGAAAGAUGGAGCCCUCCUGAGGUUGGCUGGGCUUCGACCUACGAUCUUGUGGCUUCGACCAGCAUCAACAACCACUAACAAAAACACCAAUGCACUAUCUGAGGCCAAGGAUACAGAUGGAGGACAGCUUACCUUAGGCCAGAAAGUGAAGCAGAGCACAAAAGACGCAAGUUACUUAGGUGUGAUACUUGCAGGGCUCGGAGUUACAGGGCUCAUGUUCUACACAAUCUUCCAUGAGCUUUUCUCGGGACAUAGCCCCAACUCUGUGUACUCACGAGCUCUGGAACGCUGCCGAGCUGACCCCCGAGUAAAGGCUGCUCUCGGUGAACCUUUGCAAGGACAUGGGGAAACAACAAGCCGAGGACGACGCAGGCAUGUUAGCCACAUGGAAUACAUUAAAGAUGGCAUCAACUACAUGCGUAUGAAGUUCUACAUCAAGGGGCCUAGCAGAUCUGGAACUGUACAUCUUGAAGUCAGAGAGGACAGUCACAAGAACUAUGAGUACCGCUACCUGUUUGUUGAUCUUGAUGGCCACCCGAAGCGGACGAUCAUUCUAGAGGACAAUAGGGAAAGCAGGGGCUCCAGCAACACAUUUGAUGUUAUUUAGAAGCAGCACUGAUCAUCUCAACCAUGUAUGUGUAAAUCCAAAAA